GAUGGAUUUGCCCAUCUCUAUUAACUAAAUGUCAGCAUAAUCUCGAAACGUCAAAGAUAAACCAAAACAAAUACAAAAUCUAAAAGAGAAAGUAUAUAGAUACACAGAUUGUGAGUUAAGUCGUGAAGUUUCGCUAAACUUUGGUCAAAAUGUCUCAGUCCGUUCCACUGAUUUUGGAGGAAGAUGUCGAGCAAGGAGGGAAAGAAUAUGGUGAUGGUAUAGAGGAUGAUUUUGCAUACCGCAAUAAUGUUGCAAAUGCUACAAAAGCUAUUCGUCUAGCCUUCAUGAGGAAAGUGUACAGUCUUCUGACUGUUCAAAUUCUGUUGACUGUUAUUAUCGCUAGCAUAUUCAUGUUCACUCCUCCUGUAAGGAGCUUCGUUCAUACCAAUGAUUGGAUGGUUAUGGUAUCAUUUCUUGCCAGUAUUAUUAUAUUAAUUCCUUUACAUAUAAAGAGGAGAGAGUCACCCACAAACUUGAUUUUGUUGGCAGCAUUUACUGUAGUUCAAGCAUACACAGUUGGUGUCAUUGUAACAUUCUACUCUCAAGCACUGGUUAUUCAAGCACUUGUAUUGACAUUAGUUGUGCUUGCUGGCUUGACAUUGUUUACCUUCCAGACCAAAUAUGACUUUUCAGCAACACACUCUGCGCUUUUCGCUGGACUCUGUAUCCUCAUCGUGGGUGGACUCAUGCAAGCGUUCAUACAAUCGUCCGUUUUCGAAAUAGCUCUGUCUCUUGGAGGUGCACUGCUAUUCUGUUUCUUUAUCAUUUUUGACACACAGCUGAUCAUGAACACCCUAUCACCAGAAGAGUAUAUCUUGGCAACUAUCAAUUUGUAUAUGGAUAUAAUCAAUUUAUUCUUGUAUAUUUUGCGUAUCUUGCAAGCUGUAAGCAGGCAGUAAGCUGCUUCAAAUAUAGCUGUUGCAUAUUUGUAGAAAUUUUAUUGUUAAAUGGUUGGGCUAAGCACAAUAUUGUGUCUGAUCAGUCAAGAAAGUAGUAUAUAUGUGAUAUUGGAUCCCUUCGCGGAGUGAUUAUGACUACAACGGAGUUUUAUCACCCGCCAAAUUUUUUAAUACCUACAAGUGUUUCUCUAAUUAUGUUAGAUCUUACAAGGUAGAGUUUUAAGCUCCCACCUAACCAUUUUUUUAAAUAUUAUACCAAAGAAAUCGCGAACUGCCGAAGGUUAAUAGAACUGGGAGAACCCUCCUCAGGCAGAUUGUUUCACAAUCGCGGCACCCGAGGUUGGGAACAUGAAGUCACAAGCAAGCAUGUGUAGAGUGUGAAAAAACAGGUUUGGUGAGUGGUAAAAGUCUGUUGUAGUCAAUAAAAUAAUGUUUAUCCAUAUUACUUGAAAUAUAUGAGUUAUUGUAAUGAAUGCUGAUAUUCACAUUAUCCAUAGUUUUAUACAGGGUGUUCCAUAAUUAUUGCGACAAAAUGAUAGGGGUUGUAGAGAGCAUAAAAAUAUGCAAUUUUGCCUUAUAAACCCCUGUUCGUAAAUAUGCCGUUUGAGCACUACCGCUAAUUUUACCUUAAGAGCUCAUAGGAGAAACAAAAAAUUCACCAGCUGCAAAAUGUUCGUCUAGCACAUUUCAUGGUCUCGCCGGUUUGUAAAAAAAAGCCUGCUGUGUUUUCAUUUUUGUUAUCGUAAAUUCUCCACACCGAUUCAUUUAAUUUAUCUGAGUGGUGCGUCAAACUAGAUAGUAAGUAACAGUACCAUAGUGUUAAAAUGCAGCGUUAUUCGUAUGCGGAUAUGCAUUUAAUUUACGGAGAAGCUGGUGGUAACGGAAGAGGAGCCUCGCGAAUCUACGCCCAACGGUUUCCAGAAUGUCCUCAUUCGCAUCACGCCAUUUUUACAAGGAUUCAUGGACGUCUUCGUGUCAGUGGCAGCAUCAGACACCUCGCGGGAGCAGGGCGGCCCUUCACGAGGCGCAAUUUGAGGAAGCGAUUCUGCAUCAUGCAGAGGCCAAUCCGCGUACAGCGGUGCGUGCUAUUGCACAUGAUGUGGGAGCGUCUCAAACUACUGUUUGGCGGGUUCUCCAUGACCAGCAACUACACCCGUACCACCUUUUAAAAGUCCAAGCCAUGGGUCCAGAGGACUAUCUGCCGCGUCGACGUUUUUGUCGUUGGUGGCUGCAGCAGGAGUUGAGGCAACCAAACUUUGGUCACUCGUUUUGUUCACUGACGAGUCCUGUUUUACAAAGGCCAGUUAUUUUAAUAGCCGCAACAGUCACAUUUGGGAUGAAGAAAACCCUCAUGCCAUAGCCAUCCAUGGAGACAAACAUCAGUUUUCAAUUAACAUCUCGUGCGGCAUUGUGGACGAGCAUAUCAUCGGGCCAUAUUUACUUCCACCACGUUUGGAUGGGCAUGCUUAUGGUCGAUUCUUACAGCAUGUGCUACCGGAACUAUUAGAAAAUGUGCCACUGAACAUAAGAGCCAACAUGUGGUUUCAACACGAUGGCGCUCCAGCCCACUUUUCUUUACAAGUGCGGCAGUAUUUGGACGACAAAUUUCCAAAUAGGUGGAUAGGCCGAGGUGGCCCUGUACCUUGGCUUGCGCGGUCACCCGACCUGACCCCACUGGAUUAUUUUCUCUGGGGCCAUCUGAAAGCUUUGGUGUAUGAAACUCCUGUUCCCAACCAAUAAGAGCUACUGGGAAGAGUCAUGGCCGCGUCCGCACAUGUUCAGGACAUACUGGGGGUAUGCCACAGAGUUCGCCGAUCAUUGAACAAUCGUGCACAGCUGUGUAUUGAGCAAGAUGGAGGACACUUUGAGCAAUUACUGUAGGUAAGCUGUUUCAAGAAACUGAUAUUUUUUUUUGCUGCAGCCCAAACGGCAUAUUUCCGAACAGGGGUUUAUAAGGCAAAAUUGUUCAUUUUGAUGCCCUCUACAACCCCUAUCAUUUUGUCGCAAUAAUUAUGGAACACCCUGUAUAAUUGCACUUAUUUCAUAUAACACAUAGGUACUUUGAAACACCAAAUUUACAGUAUUCACCGCUUAAAAUACAGCAUUCAUAUUAAUUUUGAAAUAUCAUUCUAAUUUCCUGACUUAAAUAUUUAGAAAACUCCGCAUUCUAGAAAAAAAGUUCCAAACAAAAGUUGUGGGGUUUUAGGAGGCAAAGUGAAGAUGACCUUGACCACCACCUUCAAGGUCAUGUAAAGGUCAAGCGAAAUUUUUCAAAUGGAACCCCAUUUUUUUAUUGGAAUCCAAAUUUUACGUCCGAAAAUCAUUGACUAUUGAAUUCAAGACCAUUUCGAGGUUAAAUAAAGACAAAACAUGUUCGACAGCACAUCUGUCAAGUUUGAGGUGAUCACCCAAAGAUGACCUUAACCUUUAACUCAAGUUAAAAUUUCCAAAUAAACCUCUUCAUGUUUUGUCCUUACUCAGUCAUUAGGGGCAUAGACAUUUGCUACACCCUGUAACAUGGUAACGGAGCAUCUUAUAAAACCUUUUUUUUGUUAUUUUUUUAUGUACUGCUCCAGAAAUAUCAUUGUUUUUUUUAUUGUUCUAUAAUAUACAGGUAUAUACACAGAUAGUAUUACUUUUAUUGGUGAUAAAAAUUCGAUAACUUGCAACACCUAUGUAGGGCACGUUUAGGGAAGGAUUGCCCUGCAGCAUUUUGUGACAUUAUCCAUUUGAAUCAUAAUUAACGGAUACUGAAAUUAAAUGCUGCAAAGUUCACGUAUUCUGAAAAAAAUGUGAUAAGUGAUUGGUUAUUGCAUCAAAUUGGUUUGUAUAUAGUAAACUUGACCACAUCAAGUUUUUGAAAUUGUGAUUGUAAUGAUUUUGAAAAUAUAAAUGUUAGGAAUAAAACCA